AUGAACGGUAAGGGAACUGUGCCGGACAGCGGUAGGUAUGAUCAAGCAGGAAUGUCCGAUGAGGAUGAAAGCGACUAUUCGACGGAUGACGAGAUCCAAUACUGUGACUGUAUUGCCUCAGUCAUUGCCCAGUCUCUGCCAGGAAUGCCCGGGAAGAAAGGGAUUAUUCCAUAUGAAGCAGUCUUCGAUUCGCAAGCGCAGGCACGCAGACGAGGAUAUUGGAUACCUGGAGUUCCGGUCAAUGCAAAAAUAGUUAAAGUCGAAAGAAACACGGACAGGCGGAUUCACCUCAUUAAUACGUUAUUGUACACAAUUCAAUUGGAACAUGGGCAGUUCAAAUGGAGCGUCGUCCGAAACUACAAAGAUUUCACUGCACUGAAUAGUAGAUUAAAGGCACAUAGAGCUGCACAGCAAAUUCUUGCUCCUGUGCGGAGAGCCCAGGAACGUGUCGAUGCGAUGCUCGAGUCGGUUGGUAUCGACGUGAUACCGGACCACAAAGAGGAUUGCCCAUACUUCCGCCAUAGUCAUCACAAGAGGCGGCAUGACUCGCAGUUGCCUGUGUUAAAGCGUGAUGUGGGUGCAUUCGACGGCAAAGGAGCUGCUCCUGUUACAUCACCAGAGAGCUUAUCUCCUGAACUGGAGGAAGCUAGGUUGAAGAUAGAGGAGGCAGUUCAGUCUGGCAUUAUGCGAGAUGAAGGUAGCGCACCUGUAGAUAACCGAGUCAAGAAGAGAAGAUCGAGGAAAAAACACACUCUCCCCCAUUUCCCCAUCAUUCCUGAUUCUAUGGUUUCGAACACGGAGACGAGGAAG